AUGGCACCACGGCACAGCUUAGCUUAUCGCUCUUCCGCUAGCGCCUAGCGUUGCCGGCGCGAAGUGCAGGUGCAGGGUGUGGUUUUUGGGAACCCGCUGUGUUUGGUGUUUGACAAACUUCCUUUGGCCAGGCACAGUGGCCUUUCUUGACAGUUCGAUCGCUUUUGUGCUGCACAGGAUCCACGUUUAUCGCUCUGACGUCUAAAAGUAGCUUUGUGUAGUAGGCACUCACCACAACAAACGUAUUUGUCGAAAACUGUGCAAGAGACAAGAUGUCGAGCCGCAAGACAAAGGGUCGUGGUCCAACCAAGAAGCGCGCUCAGCGUGCAACAUCGAAUGUGUUUGCCAUGUUUGACCAGGCACAGAUUCAAGAAUUCAAGGAAGCCUUCAACAUGAUUGACCAAAACAGAGACGGAUUCAUCGACAAGGAAGAUCUGCAUGAUAUGCUCGCAUCACUUGGCAAGAGCCCACAUGAUGAUUACUUGGAUGGCAUGAUGAAUGAAGCUCCAGGUCCCAUCAACUUCACCAUGUUCCUCACGCUGUUUGGUGAGCGACUCCAAGGUACUGACCCUGAAGAGGUCAUCAAGAAUGCAUUUGCGUGCUUUGACGAGGAAAAUGUGGGCAUCAUUCACGAGGAAAGGCUUCGGGACCUGCUCACCUCCAUGGGGGAUCGCUUCAGUGACGAGGAUGUGGAUGAAAUGUAUCGAGAGGCUCCCAUCGACAAAAAUGGCAUGUUUGACUAUUUAGAAUUCACACGUAUCCUGAAACACGGCGCAAAGGACAAAGACGAUCAAUAGUUUGUUACUGCACUGGAUAUUUUAUAUAAUAUACUGCCUCUGUUUUCUUACUCCAGCAGUUUUAUUUAAAAAGCAACAUAGACGCAUCACUCAAUGAUGCAUCCUGACCAUUUUGAAUAAAUUUGCGAUAAAAAAUA